CAUGAUUUAGAUAACAAAGACUAUGACUGUUGGCCCCUGGAAAAACCAGAUGAGCAUAACAUGCUGGACUGUGGAGGGCUGGAAAUGGCAUGGGUGCAAAGGCCUCCAGAAAAGGCUGUGAGUGGGGAAUUCUUCAACGUGACCUACACAGUCUUUGCUUCAGACAGCUUUUAUCAAUAUGCAGUGCAGAAUGGAAUCCUUUCUCACAGCAAUGCUACUGCUGCAAAGGAGUUCUGUGAGGAGCAUGAAUGUCCUGCCAACUGGAAAGAUGCCAAUGGGGAAAACUGCUGUGUCCACCAUGCCAACAUUCACUCCUGUCCUUUGGCCUUCAUGGGUAGAGGAGGAAUAUGUGGUCCGUGGAUCCCAGAUGAUGGCCAGAUCUUCACUCACACUUUGUCUACAGCUGGCAAAAUGAGCCAAAGAAACUGGACUGCCAAGGUUGUUUUAGUUCAUGUGGGUGUGACUUCUCUCAUCGCACACAUCAGAGUUGGGAGAAUGCAAGUUGCUCUGGAAGCAAAAACCACAGUCCUUCCUGCAGUAGUCUGUGGAGAUGGCGUCUGUGAGGAAGAAGAAGGCUGCUCUAUCUGUCCAGCAGAUUGUGGGGAAUGCCCUCUGUCUGCUGAUGCCAGGAUAGCAAUUGCCUUACCAAUAUGUUUAGUCUGCACUGGCUCCAUUUUGACAGUCAUGUGGUUCCAAUAUCAGAAACAGAAGAUGUUUUGGGAUGAAAGCUGGAUUAUAGACUUCACCUGCAUCAAACAAGAGCGCGUAGUGUGGACAGCAACAGGCAGCACAAUGAGUGCUCCCCCAGUACACGGCGGCUCCAGUGCUAGUUGUAUCUCUGCUCUGAGCUCCUGCACGGCGGCUGCUAACACGUCCAGGAAACAGUACUUCACCCAGACUGGGAGAUAUGAUGGUAGAAUGGUGGCCAUAAAGAAAAUAAUGAAGAAAGCAUUCACACUGUCCAAAGCCAUACGUAGAGAAGUAAAGAAAGUUAGGGAACUUGACCAUCCCAAUCUCUGCAAAUUCAUUGGAGGUUGUAUAGAAGUGCCAAAUGUUGCCAUCGUGACAGAGUACUGCCCCAAAGGCAGCCUGAGUGAUGUUCUGCUCAAUGAAGACAUACCUUUGAACUGGGGCUUCAGGUUUUCUUUUGCUACUGAUAUUGCACAAGGAAUGGCCUAUCUUCACCACCACAAAAUGUAUCAUGGGCGGUUGAAGUCUACUAACUGUGUGAUAGAUGACCGAUGGGUUUGUAAAAUUGCAGAUUAUGGUUUGCAGUCUUACAGAAAGGAAGAUUGUCCUGAUGGGCCAGCCUCAUACCAGCAUCAUUUACAGAUACAGAUUUACACAGCUCCUGAAAUCCAUUCCCUUUCAGGCUUUGAACCCAAUUCAAUGACAGAUGUCUACAGUUAUGCCAUCAUUUUACUAGAAAUUGCCACAAGAAGUGACCCUAUGCCAGUAAGUGAACGUUCUUGGUGCCCACCUUUGGCAGAAUUAAUUUCAGAAAAGGCUGAGAAUUCUUGUCCAUGUCCCACAGAUUACAUAGAGUUAAUCAGAAGGUGCAGAAAAACUAAUCCAGCCCAAAGGCCUACAUUUGAACAAGUCAAGAAAAUGUUGUACAAGAUGAAUCCUAAUAAAGUUAGCCCUGUUGACAUGAUGAUGACUCUGAUGGAGAAAUACAGCAAACAUCUGGAGAUACUGGUUUCUGAGAGAACUCAGGAUUUAAUGCAUGAAAAACAGAAGACUGAUCGUCUGUUGUAUAGUAUGUUGCCGAAGCAAGUAGCAGAUGAUCUCAGGCAAGGAAAACAUGCACAAGCUCAAAGUUACUUAAGUGCCACCAUCUUUUUCAGUGACAUUGUUGGCUUCACUGAGCUGUCCAGCAACAGCACACCUUACCAAGUGGUAGAUCUCUUGAACAAGCUUUAUACCACUUUUGAUGAAAUCAUAGAUAACUAUGAUGUCUAUAAGGUGGAGACAAUAGGAGAUGCUUACAUGGUGGUGUCAGGAGUACCCAAAAAGAAUGGAAUCCUUCAUGCUGGUGAGAUUGCAAGCAUGGCUUUAGACCUUCUGGAUGUCUGCAAGACUUUUAAGAUCCCCCACAAGCCCAAUACCCUCCUAAAGAUAAGAGCAGGAAUCCACUCAGGGGCGGUUGUAGCCGGAGUUGUUGGGACUAAAAUGCCACGGUAUUGUUUAUUUGGAGAUACUGUGAACACAGCUUCCAGGAUGGAAUCUACCAGUGAAGCUCUUAAAAUACAGUGCAGCUCAAGUGCAUACCAGCUGUUGGAGCAGAUUGGAGAGUAUGUGUUAGUGUGCCGUGGGAAUUUACAAGUCAAGGGGAAAGGAGACAUGGUAACAUACUGGCUUGAAGGUAAGAAAACCUCUGCCACCCCGAAGGCUAUCACCAGUGCUUCUGUGACUCUUCAAGACCCCAACAGAGCAUUUAAUUUGAUACCAGGUGUACUUCCCAAUGAAAGUCUUUCAAGUCCAUCUUACUAG